UUUUCUGCUUUAAAUCUUAUGUACAAUGGACCACAAUAUCACCACACUGAAUCUGCAAAGCUAUGUAUCAAGAAAGACGUGACUAUAGUAAAUACCACGACCAAUAAAAUAGUUUAAUUUUUUUAUUUUUUUUAUAAACAAAAAUAAUUAGAUUCAUAUUACGAAUCUUUAUAUACAUCAAAAAAAUCUAUAUGUUUCCUAAAAUACGUGUAUCUUAUACAAAUAAAAUGACCCCGUAUUUAGAAUCUUACAAACUUACUACUUUCCUGACAUGUUCAGAAUUUACAUAACCUCUAGACAAACAAGAUUUUAAUUUUUUAAAAAUGUAUAAAAAAAUCGAGAGUAUAAAUUAAAUAAAUGCAGCAGGGAUUCUCUGUAUUUAUUUAUUUUCUAAAAAUAAUUUGUGAAUUUAUAAAUUUAAAUAAAAGUUCUCGCGCGCCAUACAUCCCAUCCCGAAUAUACAUACUAAAGAGAGGAAGAAGAAAAUUAAAACAAAAUAAAAAAAGACAAAGCGUUAAGAUAAAAAUUAAAAACCCUUCGCUUUCUUGUCUUUUGUCCGGUCUCUUGUUCUUUCUUCUUCAUUCUCUCUCACUCUAGAAUCUGUCGACGAAGCCAGCUCCAAUGGCAGGAUGAACAGAGACAUCUGCAAUCUACUCUUCUCGGAAGAAGAAGAAAGAUGGCUUUGGAGAAAGAACAAGAAGAAUCACAAACCGGUCAAAACGCAGCGUUUUGUGCCCUCGAUGAGCUCUAUUGCGAGGAAGAAUGUGGGUUCGCGGAGGAGGAUCUCGUGGGGCUUGAUGAAAAUGUCGUAAAGUUUCAGUUUUUACCACUAAAGGAUAUGUUUUUAUGGGAUGACGAUGAGUUGCAGAGUCUAAUCUCAAAGGAAAACGAAACGAAUCAUCACCCUUACCAAACACUAGAUGAGUGUCUUGUUUCUCGUAGAAAAGAGGCUUUGGAAUGGGUUCUCAGGGUUAAAUCUCAUUACGGGUUCGCUUCAUCGACGGCUCUGCUUGCUGUGAACUACUUCGAUAGGUUUAUCACGAGUGUUAAGUUGCAGACAGAUAAGCCGUGGAUGUCUCAGCUUGUAGCUGUGGCUUGUUUGUCUUUAGCUGCUAAAGUGGAAGAGAUUCAUGUCCCCUUGCUCAUUCAUCUCCAAGUAGAGGAAGCAAGAUAUGUCUUUGAAGCUAAAACCAUACAAAAAAUGGAGCUUUUGCUUCUGUCUACACUCCAGUGGAGGAUGCACCCUGUGACUCCGAUCUCAUUCUUCGAUCACAUUAUCAGGAGAUUAGGCUCUGAGUGUCACCAGCAGCUGGAGUUGUUUAGCAACUGUGAGCGUCUUUUGAUCUCCGUUGUUACGGAUGCGAGGUUUAUGAGUUACGUCCCUUCUGUGUUGGCAACUGCGAUAAUGAUUCAUGUCGUCAAGGACUUGAAACCAUGUGAACAAGUCGAAUACCAAUCUCAGCUCAGGACUCUACUCGAAGUCAAUCAGGAGAAAGUUAAUGAAUGCUAUGAACUGUUGUUGGAGCACAAUCCAAGCAAGAAGAGGAUGAUGAAUUGGCUUGAUCAGGAUAGUCCAAGCGGUGUAUUCGACCUUGAUGACAGCUCAAAUGGAUCCUGGAAUGUCUCUGCUGCUUCAUCAUCUCCAGAGCCUCUGCUUAAGAGGAGAAGAGUACAUGAGCAGCAAAUGAGGUUGCCUUCAAUAAACCGUAUGUUUUUAGAUGUGCUUAAUAGUCCUCGCUAGUAUUUUUCAUUUAUCAAAUGUGGCAAAUCUGAAGAACUUGAAUUCAUUCUCUAUUUUGGGCAUCAUCAGCAUCAUCGGUUAUGGCUACAAUUUAAGGCAAAACAUUUUGUGUUUAAAAGCUAGUUCCAAAGCUAACUCUUAUCUAUUAAAUUCUAAUAUCCAUA